UGACACACUGGACCAUAGAGGAUGCAGGCAGCAUCACACAAGAGACAGCACAGGCCCUUCCCCUGCCCACUGUGUAUCAGCCCCGAGUGCCUAGGGAAGGAGUGAGUGUAGGCGGUGGCUGGGUAGGAUCUUGGAUGAGGUUAUAAUCAAGGGCAUGACCAACAGAGGUUUGUUUAGCAUCUCUGCUUGGUGUGCCGAGGGACAAACAGUGUAGAGGUUUGUUUCGACUGUGCACAGGGGUUCUGGGAAACUCCAUGCCAAGCCUUUUUGCAUGGAAAGGUUGGAAUGAAACGGGAUGUCGUGAGUGGAAUUGGUCGGUGUAGGCUAGAGGUCAUGCAGCUAAAGUUAAGAGACAAGCCACGCAGAUCGCCUGUGAACCCACCAAGGUCAGCCCGAACUUGGACAGAAACUGGUAGGUUCAUAGACGGCUGCCCUGCUGGGAGCGGUAGGGGCGAGCAGGACUAGUCCUAAUGGCUGUGGUUUCUUUAACUGUUACUGCCAGGGGGUCUGCGAUUGGGUGUAGAGGCCGAAGGUCUGCUCAUGGAUUGGCUGGCCUAGCUCGGGCUGCGCCCUGGGGGCAGAGUCCGCCCCCGAGACUUCAAAUAAAUCCCCAACAGGCACAAAAGAACUUAGUUGGUGUUGUUGAUCCUCCCUUCUGGUCCACUUGAGGAAGCUCUGGAGCAGAGGCACCAGAACCAGUGGAGCUCACAGCCCAAGCAGCGUUCUGCGCACCCGGAGGCCCCAGGGGCCGUAGGGCGAGCAUUCGGUCUUUAGCCAUGGGGUCCGCAGCGUUGGAAAUUCUGGGUCUGGUGCUAUGCGUGGUAGGUUGGGUGGGCUUGAUUCUGGCGUGUGGGUUGCCCAUGUGGCAGGUGACUGCCUUCCUGGACCACAACAUCGUGACGGCGCAGACGACUUGGAAGGGGCUGUGGAUGUCGUGCGUGGUGCAGAGCACUGGGCACAUGCAGUGCAAGGUGUAUGAGUCUGUGCUGGCGCUGAGUGCCGAGGUGCAGGCAGCUCGGGCACUCACCGUGGGCGCUGUGCUGCUGGCGCUGGUGGCGCUCUUUGUUACCUUGACCGGCGCGCAGUGCACAACCUGCGUGGCCCCGGGGCCAGUGAAGGCGCGCGUGGCCCUCACGGGCGGAGCGCUUUUCGCGCUGUGCGGGCUGCUGGCGCUUGUGCCGCUCUGCUGGUUCGCCAACAUCGUGGUGCGCGAGUUCUACGAUCCGGCAGUGCCGGUGUCUCAGAAGUACGAGCUAGGCGCGGCGCUGUACAUCGGCUGGGCGGCCACCGCUCUGCUCAUGUGCGGCGGCGGUCUCGUGUGCUGCGGCGCCUGGGUCUGCACCGGCCGCCCGGAGUUCAGUUUCCCGGUCAAGUACUCGGCGCCUCGGCGGCCCACGGCCAACGGCGAAUACGACAAGAAGAACUACGUCUAAGGGCGGGAGGCACGGCGGGGCCCUUCCCGCAGCCAAGCGGGUGAUCGGAAGGAUGGACGCGGGAAGCCGCACGUGGGUUACGCAGCGCAGACUCCGAGGCAAGUCAAGCAGGAUUCCGACCAGACUUCCAUGCCCACAGAGGGUUCUCUGACCGUCACCAGCCAGGCCCUUGCUCAGAACAGACUACAGGCGCUUGUGAGGACUUGAUCGACCUCCUUUUCUAUGUGCAGUUGACCGCGGCGUUUAGGUGGGGCUCUCGGAUUUCGUCGGUGUGGCAGGCACCAAACUGCAGCUGACAGUCCCUAUUGAGACUGGGGAGUUCUGGAUGCUGCCUUAAUGUCCAGUAGCUCCUGCUGACCUGAAAGUACAGCUGGAGUACUACAGGCUCGCAGCCUGGGCUGCCAGAGGGAUAUGUUAUAAAGGGCAUUUUCCAUUUUAGUGGAGAGCCCACUGAACCAAACAAAGGACUUGGCCUGGACCUCCUCUCACUCCAGCACUCCCCCAACGGGGGGGGGAGGAGGGACUGUAGGUACCAGAGCCUUAGUGGGGCUGCCCUCCUCGCAGCUUGGGGGUGGGGCGGGAUGGGCAAGAAUUUGCUUAGUAAAUGGUUUGAACACUC